AGUCCUCGUUCCCCGCGCUUCAUCCGAGAGAGGCUGCGUCCGUGUCGCAUUCGUGACGUUGGCGUGGUCGCGUGCCCGACGUCGUCUCGAGACGCCUUCAGAGGCGGCGUGAGCUCCGGCGCCCGGAGGUUCCCCGCGAUGCUGCGGUUGUUCCCGGUUCUGUCGCGGGCCUGGCUUCGCCCCUCUGGCAGUCGGGCCCUGAACUCACAGGCAGAAGACAGGGCUGGGCGUGCGCUGAUCUCCGAGCCAGGGGAGAGAGCGGGUCCCCAGGAUCCAGUGUUGCGUAAGUGCGAGUUCCCGAUCCCCGUGCACCGGCGCUCAGUGCAGGCCUGGGUCGAGUCCCUGCGGGGCUUUGAACAGGAGCGUGUGGGCCUGGCCGAGCUGCACCCUGAUGUAUUCGCCACUGCGCCCCGGCUGGAUAUCCUGUACCAGGUUGCCAUCUGGCAGAAGAACUACAAGAGAAUCAGCUAUGCAAAGACUAAGACCAGGGCUGAGGUGAGUGGCAGUGGCCGUAAGCCCUGGCAACAGAAAGGCAGCGGGCGAGCCCGGCACGGCAGCAUCCGCUCCCCAAUCUGGCGGGGAGGAGGUGUCGCCCAUGGCCCUCGGGGCCCCACGAGUUAUUACUACAUGUUGCCCAUGAAAGUGCGUGCACUGGGCCUCAAGGUGGCCUUGACCGUCAAGCUGAUGCAGGAUGACCUACACAUCGUAGACUCCCUGGACCUGCCUACUGCAGAUCCCCAGUACCUGACAGAGCUGGCGCUGUACCGGCACUGGGGUAGCUCCGUGCUCUUUGUAGACUUGACACAUGGGGAGACACCCAAUAAUGUGGUGGAGGCCAUCUCCCGGCUCAAGAGCUUCAACCUCAUCCCUGCAGUGGGCCUGAAUGUGUACAGCAUGCUGAAACACCAGACACUGGUUGUCACUCUACCCACUGUGGCCUUCCUGGAGGAGAGGCUUCUGUGGCAGGAUUCCCGCUACACACCGCUCUUCCCUUUCCGCCUGCCCUACAGUGAUGUCCCCUGACCCUGCCAUGCUCACCAGGGCCCUGAUGCCCACUUUCCUGCCCCCCUGGAAGCUGGCCUGCGUACCUGCCACCCUGAGAAAAAGCUGCUUCCGGGUACCACUUCGAAGCUGUCCAAACUGUCUGCAGGAAACAGACCUCAACCCUGUAGGGCCAGAGAUAGGAUGAGUACCUCCUGGGUCUUGUCACCUUGAAAAGAAAACUUAUUUUUCACAGCAAGAGUUAGAAGUGGACAGCCACUUUUCACAUCUGGAAUCUCAUGGCCCUUAGGCUCCUAUCUGGUCCUGGGCAUUUCAGGAACCCCUCUUCCAGGACUGGUAGCCUCAGGGCUAUGGAUAGAAAUUGCCAGCAGGGUCUUACCCCGAGGAAGAUGAUGGAGCCUGCAGAGGUCCUGAGUCCCCCUGCAGAUGCCUUCCAUUCACAUAAGCCAGUGUGUCUUGGGAAAAAAGAAUGAAUAAACCUGUUUAAAGACACCAUGCCCAUA